GGCGUGUCUAGCUGCGCAGGGGGCCAGCCGAUUGGCUGGAAGACAACGGAGCCGGGCGACCAGGCCCGACCAGAGGAGGGCGGUGCCGCUGGGUAGGUCCGGGAGGUGACGACCGGCUUUGGAGAGUGUAUCAUGGCAGCUCGGACUGGUCAGACGGCCUUGAGAAGGGUGGUCUCGGGAUGUCUUCCGAAGUCAGCGACAGUGGCCGGUAAUCCGACUCCGUCGCCCGUGCGGAACGGCAGAUAUUUAGCUUCUUGUGGUAUACUGAUGAGCAGAACUCUUCCACUACAUACCUCAGUUUUGCCUAAGGAAAUAUGUGCAAGAACUUUCUUCAAAAUUGCUGCACCAUUAAUAAACAAAAGGAAAGAAUAUUCAGAGAGAAGAAUUUUAGGAUAUUCAAUGCAGGAAAUGUAUGAUGUGGUAUCGGGUAUGGAGGAUUACAAGCAUUUCGUUCCUUGGUGCAAAAAAUCAGAUGUUUUAUUAAAGAGAUCUGGAUAUUGUAAAACACGAUUAGAAAUUGGAUUUCCACCUGUAUUGGAGCGAUAUACAUCAGUAGUAACCUUGGUGAAGCCUCAUUUAGUAAAGGCAUCUUGUACUGACGGGAGACUUUUCAAGCACUUGGAGACUAUUUGGCGUUUUAGCCCAGGUCUUCCUGGCUACCCAAGAACUUGUACCUUGGAUUUUUCAAUUUCUUUUGAAUUUCGAUCACUUCUACAUUCUCAGCUUGCCACAUUGUUUUUUGAUGAAGUUGUAAAGCAGAUGGUAGCCGCCUUUGAAAGGAGAGCAUGUAAGCUGUAUGGUCCAGAAACAAAUAUACCUCGGGAGUUAAUGCUUCAUGAAGUCCAUCACACAUAAAUGGGAAGAACAACUGGUGUCACCUACUUCUAGCUUUAGUUUGUUCACUUUUAGGAGGUAUUUUUAUAUGUUUUUUUGGAAGCCAGAAAGCAUUGUUAAACGCAGCUUUGGUUAUAAACCUGCACCAUUGAAACUUUGCACAUAGAAUAUAGACUCUUACAUAGAAUUAUUUCUUCAAUCAAGUAUAAUUCAAAGUAAUAUGGACAUUAUUAUGUUCUGCAUUUACAAUAAUGGGAUGUCAUCACCAUUGCUAGAAUACUGACAUGAUUCUUCUGAGCAGAAGCUGAAACUGUAAAUUUAAACCUUUUAAUUAUCACCUUACCGUAAGAAAGAGGUUAAGAUAUUCAUGCAGUAUGUAUUGUAUUAACCAUAUCAUACUUAAGUUAUUAAAUUCAGACUAUUUGUAACUUA